AUGUUUCCCCGUUUGCAUCGCGCACCGCUCAGUCACCAGCAGUCACCGCAUACCAAAAAAUUGCUCUUGGUAUAUUUUUUUUCACCACCUCUUCCGUACCUUUCUCGGAGGCCGUCACAAAAUGGCAUGGGUGUCUGGUUUGUUACGAUUUUUUCAUUAUCAGAUAACACCCCAAAUUCGAUUUUCUUCUUUCUCCAUGCCUGGAUUGAGCUGGUCGGAUACAGCCAAGUUAUUUCUGUUUACCGGAGAUGA